GGGCAGGCAACACUUGCUUGGACUCUGGUGGGAGAAGUCUCCAGGGCCUGUUAGGUCCCUACAUAGUGACAUAGAGACAUUUGGUGGUGGUGGUGGUGGUGGGGUCCCCGGGUGAAGCCUGCCAAGAAGAGGUCUUGAUGAUUGUAGGCGGAAAGGAAGAAAAUGUGCCUUGGGCAUUGAUUUUGUGGGUGGUCCCAAGUAUCCCGCACAUUUUGCUGAAUGAGGAAACUGAGGCAACAGUGACCCAAGUGAAGUGACUUGCUCAGGAUCAUACAAGAAGACAUGGGCAUUUGGAAUUUAAACCAAGGUCCCAGAGAAGCAAGGACUGUUGGGAUUGGGCGGGCCAAUUCCUGCACUUCCCUCCCUCCUUCCCGGCUUGGGUCCCCCACUUGUCUUGACAGCGCCCGGCCUGUCACGGGGCUCUGUACAGCCCUCUCCACCCUCGCGGCUGCCAGCGUUCCGCCCCGUCCCCUCCCAGCCCCUGAGGGAGGAGGGGAGAGCGGGAGCGAGGAGGGGGGUCGGAGAGGCCCGGCAUUAUAAAGGCGGCAGGACCAGCACUGCCCGCCAGACCCCGCCGCCCGGAUCCCCUGCUCAGCCCGCCGCCCCACGUGACCGCACCGACGGCCCCAGCUCCGCCGCAGCCCGCUCGCCAUGGCCCUCCUCGGGGCCCUCCUCCUAGCGUUUCUGGUAGGCGCUCAUGCGGAGCUCCCCGGCUGCAAGAUCCGCAUCACCUCCAAGGCGCUGGAGCUGGUGAAGCAGGAGGGCCUGCGCUUUCUGGAACAAGAGCUGGAGACCAUCACCAUUCCGGACCUGCGGGGCCGGGAAGGCCAAUUCUACUACAACAUCUCGGAGGUGAAGGUCACAGAGCUGCAGCUGACAUCCUCUGAGCUCCAUUUCCAGCCAGAGCAAGAGCUGGUGCUACAGAUCAGCAACGCGUCCUUGGGGCUGCGUUUCCGGAGGCAGCUUCUCUACUGGUUCUUGUAUGAUGGGGGCUACAUCAAUGCCUCUGCCGAGGGUGUGUCCAUCCGCACUGCUCUGCAGCUCUCCCGGGAUGCCACUGGCCGCAUCAAAGUGUCCAACGUCUCCUGCCAGGCCUCGGUCUCCAGAAUGCACGCAGCCUUCGGGGGAACCUUCAAGAAGGUGUACGAGUUCCUCUCCACAUUCAUCAUCUCGGGGAUGCGCUUUCUCCUGAACCAGCAGAUCUGCCCUGUGCUUUACCACGCAGGGACGGUGCUCCUCAAUUCACUCCUGGACACUGUGCCUGUUCGCAGCUCUGUGGAUGAGCUGGUUGGCAUCGACUACUCCCUCCUGAAGAACCCAGUCGCUUCCGACAGCAACCUGGACAUGGACUUCCGGGGGUCCUUCUUUCCUCUGGCUGAGGGGAACUGGAGCCUGCCCAACCGGGCGGUAGAGCCCCAGCUGCAGGAGGAGGAGCGGAUGGUGUACGUGGCCUUCUCGGAGUUCUUCUUUGACUCUGCCAUGGAGAGUUACUUCCGGGCGGAAGCCCUGAAGCUGUCCCUGGUGGGGGACAAGGUGCCCCACGAUCUGGACAUGCUGCUGAGAGCCACCUACUUUGGGAGCAUUGUCCUACUGAGCCCAGCGGUGAUCGACUCCCCGCUGAAGCUGGAGCUGCGCGUCCUGGCCCCACCUCGCUGCACCAUCAAGCCCUCGGGUAGCACGGUCUCCGUCACUGCCAGUGUCACCAUAGCCCUGGUCCCACCUGACCAGCCCGAGGUCCAGCUGUCCAGCAUGACCAUGGACGCCCGUCUCAGCGCCAAGAUGGCACUCCGGGGGAAGGCGCUGCGCACCCAGCUGGACCUCCGCCGGUUCCGAAUCUAUUCGAACCAGUCCGCUUUGGAGUCCCUGGCACUGAUCCCGCUGCAAGCCCCUUUGAAGACCAUGCUGCAGAUUGGGGUGAUGCCCAUGCUCAACGAGCGGAUGUGGCGGGGGGUGCAGAUCCCACUACCCGAGGGCAUCAACUUCGUGCGUGAGGUGGUGACGAACCAUGCGGGCUUCCUCACCAUCGGGGCCGACCUCCACUUUGCCAAAGGGCUGCGAGAGGUGAUUGAGAAGAACCGGCCUGCCGACACCCGGGACCCCUGGACAUCCAGUGCCUCUCCACCCUCCACAGCGGCUGCCUGAGUCCUCAAGCCCACCCUGGGAGGGGCUUUUGGGACUCCAGACGCCUGUCAU